GACUUCCCUUUCCCAGGUUGUGAAAUUAUGUAUGAUAUUUUCAGCCAACAGUGAGGCGCCUGAGUCGACAUCCUGUAGCGUAAUUUCCUGUGAGCUGUCAUAUCAGCCACAGUCUCUGUUAGCCAAUGUGUGGACAGAUCUAACAACUGCCUCAAAGUGAGCCACACCAAUAGGGCUCGAGAAAUAACACAGUCUCUGUGUCAGCUGCUCAGGGUGAGGGUCUUCACGUUAGUGAGAGGAUGAUGUGGGGGGGCAGACAGCAGGAUAUUUUGGUGCAGAUUGCGGAAGUAAUUUUAGAAUAAUAAGUUUGGCAGUGAUUGGUGUCGAGUUGAAGUGAGAAAAAUUGGUGUUUGCUGUUAAAGAGGAAGUUCAGCGAGAAAAAUGGAGGAGGAGAACCACUCUGUCAACUUCAUGAGACUCUUAUCAGAUGAGAGCACUCACUCAACGCUGUCGGUGGACUCCUGUGAGUACUACCAGACAGAGAUAUUUGAUCAGCUGCCCAGCAUCCAGGCUUCACGACCUGAGCCGAGGAUACAGGAUUUUUUGGAAGGCUGCGAGGCCUACCAGGGCAGCACAGAGCCGAGGGAGAGGCUCCGCGAUGGCCACCUGUCCAAAGGAUCCAGAGACAAGGUGUCACUGCAGCCGCUUCGGAACCUGCCCAUGUGUAUUCAGGCCAAGCGAGGAGCCAGGGUCAGGAGGAAGAUGCAAAUCAGCAACAUUGGUUUCUGGGAGUCCUGGAGGCGGAGCCAGAGCAUCAACAGGAAGAAGGUGUGGGAGCAGAUGGGAGAAACUCUGUCUGGCCUGUUGCCAUGGCAGCGAACUCUUCAUUCCAUUGAAGGCAAGUUCGGAGAUGGCGCGAAGGCCUACUUUGUUUUCCUCAGAUACUUGAUUUACUUGAACGUACUUCACUGUGCUCUUAUCGGGGGAUUUAUUCUUGGGCCUUCAACGUUUUAUCGCAGAGGCAAUAGCUGUGAACCUUUGAGGUUCGAAGGCAAUGAUUCCAUUUUAGAUUUCUUCCAGGGAUCGGGCUUCGUGGAUCGUUCUCCGGUCUUCUUUGCUUUUUAUACCCCCGGUUCCCUGAAUUUUCCAUGCUUGAAUACCCCCUUGCUUUACUUUGCUGGGAUCCUCACCAUCCUCUUCCUCAGCCUCAUCAUGGUGGUCCGCAGAACAAUCGUCGGCUUCAAGCACAGGUGGAUGCUCGGGAGGCGUUACAGUACGAUUGUGAGCUAUAAGGUCUUCUGUGGUUGGCCCUUCACCAUCCAGGACCCCGAUGCAAGGACUCUCAAGCACAGCUCCAUCAGGAACGAUCUCAAGAUCUUCCUGGAGGAGCAGAACUUCUCCUUGCGAGUGGCUCGAAGGACUUUUGGACAAAGGAUCCGUCUCUACCUGCUCAGGUUCUUCUUGAACGUGGUCGUUCUGUCUCUGCUGGGUGCAUCCUUCUACCUCAUCUCCUGGGCCAUAACGGCAUCACUGUCUAAGGGCUCGCACCACUGGUUGGUCAGUCUGUUCCUCCAGUAUCUUCCUCCGAUCACCAUCACCUUUGUCAACCUGCUCCUCCCCCACAUCUUCCGUAAGAUCUCGUCUUUUGAAGAUUACUCUUUCACCACGCAGGUUAACGCCACACUUGUUAGGAGCAUCUUCUUGAAGCUAGCCUCACUGGGGAUCUACUUACAUUACACUUUCAACGCCACACCAACGCUUGAGCAGGAUCCAUGCAGGGAGAACCAGUUUGGCAGAGAGAUGUACAAGCUGUGUAUUUUCAACUUCCUCGCCACCUUAUGCAACGUCUUUCUUUUUAGCUACCCCAGGAAGCUGGUGCAGGAGAAGUACCCCACAUCCUUGCUGGCCCGGUUGUCGGGGAAACCACUCUUCUUGAUCCCUUUCAAUGUGUUGGAUCUGGUGUACGGUCAGACUGUGUCCUGGGUGGGCAUCUACUACUGCCCCCUGCUGCCUCUGAUAGGAACUGUCACACUGGUGGCCACGUUCUACAUCAAAAAGUUCACAGUGUUGCGAUGCUGUGUUGCCGAGCACCAGAUGUUUCGAGCCUCCACGUCCUCGGUUUUAUUCCACUUCAUGUUGCUGCUCGGUCUCAUCAUGUCUGCAUCCGCAGUGGGCUUCAACCUCUACCAACAACCAGACAUUGUGUCCUUGUGUGGUCCAUCUGUGAAUGGAGAAACAGUGUUUAAUGUGACAGAAGUUUGUGUGGGUAGUCUGCCCAGGCUGGCACAGAGCACUCUCAGCUACCUUGCCUCUGAGGCCUUCGCCCUGCCACUCAUACUCGCUGAAAUUAUAAUCUUAACGUCCUAUGUGUCACGGGGUCGAGCCAAUCAGAAGGCCAUUGAAAGACUGAAAGACAUGCUGGUCAUGAGUAGCUCAGAUAAGCGUUUCCUGGUGAAACAGCACACCACAGUGCUCAGACGUCAGAGGAACAGCCGCAGAGUGAGUUCUGCCAGCGCCACCGGAGAGGACGCCGCCCUCAGUCGCAGGAGAGACCCCGCCAUCGCCUCACUUAGAAGCUGAAUCAAGGGCUCAAGUUGUCAGGCCUUUCUGUCCACAGACUCCCAUUAAAAUAAUUCCCUGUAUAUACAGUAAAAAGUAAAACAACUCAUGAAGUCUUACUUUUAUAGUGAUAUUAUUUACAAAUAUAAGAAGUGUAGUAAUUAUAUUUUAUAAGUGUCUUUUGAAUUAAUGCUCAAUUUAACUGCAGUAUGUGUGUGAAUUUUUAUACUUUGGUCUUUUUGAAUGAAAAUUCACUCAUUAUCUUCUCACCACUGAACCGAUGGGGGGUGGGUGGGCUUAGGGUCAAAUACAAUAAAACUUACUGGUGACCACCUAUUCAAAAUUAGAAAAAAGCUAAAGAAAAAAACAUAAAAUGCCUUCAUACUGCACCUGUUGUGUCAUCCAAGUGUCCGUAAGCCCCGACAUUCAAAUUCGACUUGAAACAAGGAUUUUUACACCUUGUUUUUAGCCUAAAUGCCCAAACGUGGCUCCCGAGGAGGAUAACAGAGGACAUUUAGGCUAAAAACAUGGGUCCGGCUGCAAAGCUGUUUACCCCUCAAACUCCAAAAAUGCUAAGUGGACUCAAACACUUCACCCACCACUCCAACGGCAUAGUGAUCAGUAAAUAAUUAGUGAAUCUUCAUUUUUGGGUGAACUAUCCUUUUAAGCUUGUUUUAUACAAUUUAUAUACUGGGUAUGUUUUUCAGUGUAAAUGUAUGAAGAUCUGAUAUAAAGAGCUGUGAUUAUAAUCUUAA